UAUUAUGAGCGGCGCUGCAGCAGCGUGGAUCUAGAUCAUGGCGUUCUGGUGGUUGGCUAUGGCUUUGAAGGAGAAGACUCAAGUAACAAUACAUGUUGCCAAUGACACCGGCUUUGUGGACGUCCCUGGGCAGGAGUGUGCCCUCAUGAAGGCAGUGGCAACCGUGGGGCCCAUCUUGGUGGCUAUUGAUGCAAGCCAUCUUAGCUUCUAGUUCUAUAAAGAUGGCGUUUAUUAUGAGCGGCGCUGCAGCAGCGUGGAUCUAGAUCAUGGCGUUCUGGUGGUUGGCUAUGGCUUUGAAGGAGAAGACUCAAGUAACAAUACAUAUUGGAUUGUCAAGAACAGCUGGGGUACAAAGUGGGGCAUGGAUGGCUACAUAAAGAUGGCCAAGGAUCUGGACAACCACUGUGGGAUCGCCUCCAUGGCCAGCUAUCCUACUGUGUGAGAUGGUGGUGACUGAGAUGUGAUUAAGAACAGAA